AAACAAUAAAAAAAAUAAAAUAAAAGGGUAAGUUAACCGCCAGAAGUGAAGAUCAGAGAGAACCAUUAAAACAAAGAAAAGCUUUAUUCAAUUAUGUGAUACAUACAUACAUACAUACACUAAUGCCCUUUUCUUCUUCCUUUGGCUUUUGAGCCUCAUUUAUUAUCCCCAUCGCCAUCGCUUCAUAAGCCUUCACUCUCUUCAUUCAGCAAUUUACAGCUGAUUCCUCGAUGGCGGACCUCAAAGAGCGGUUGCUUCCUCCGAAACCUGCAUCUGCUAUGAACUUGAGGGAAUCUUCAUAUAGACCGUCGCCCUCUGGAAGGCAACCUUUUCAAGGAGUCGAUGUUGUAGGACUGAAGAAGCGUGGCCAGGGCAUCAGGUCUUGGAUUCGGGUUGACUCAUCUGGUAAUUCUCAGGUAAUUGAGGUUGACAAAUUUACCAUGAUGCGUCGCUGUGACUUACCUGCUCGCGAUCUGCGCCUGCUUGAUCCUCUCUUUGUUUAUCCUUCAACCAUCCUUGGCAGAGAGAGAGCUAUUGUUGUUAAUUUGGAACAAAUUCGGUGUAUCAUUACAGCAGAUGAGGUUUUAAUUCUGAAUUCCCUGGAUAGCUGUGUAUUGCAAUAUGUAGUGGAACUACAACGGCGAUUAACUCCAUCUGGGGUACCGGAAGUCUGGCAAUCAGACAAUUCUGAUUUGAGUCGGAGGAGGGGAAGUAGAAAUUUUGACAAUGUUUUCGGAAAUACAUCUCCUGACUAUUUGCCCUUUGAGUUUAGGGCUUUAGAAGUUGCUUUAGAGGCUGCUUGCACAUUUCUUGAUUCUCAAGCAGCAGAAUUAGAAAUCGAAGCAUACCCGUUGUUGGAUGAACUGACAUCGAAGAUCAGUACAUUAAACUUGGAGCGUGUUCGUCGCCUAAAAAGCAGACUUGUUGCCUUGACUCGGAGAGUGCAGAAGGUUAGGGAUGAGAUAGAGCAACUCAUGGAUGAUGAUGGGGAUAUGGCUGAGAUGUAUCUUACCGAGAAGAAAAGUAGGAUGGAAACGUCAUUCUAUGGCGAUCAGUCUUUAAUUGGAUACAGAUCUAAUGAUUGUGCAUCUAUUUCUGCUCCUGUAUCUCCUGUCUCUUCACCCCCUGAGUCUAGAAGGCUCGAGAAGACCUUGAGCAUCGCAAGGAGUCGACAUGAGAGUAUGAGGAGUUCAGACAGCAAUACAGAAAGUAUAGAAGAGCUUGAGAUGUUGCUGGAAGCGUACUUUGUUGUUAUAGACAGCACUCUAAACAAGCUGACAUCGGUAUUCACAAAUGUUUAUCUUCAUUUGAUUGCUGUUCAUCAAUAUUCGAAUACAUCGACAUCUAAACAGUGUUUAAUCAAUUUUUAUUCUUCUAUGUUUCAGCUGAAGGAAUACAUCGACGACACAGAAGAUUUCAUCAACAUUCAGCUGGAUAAUGUUCGAAACCAGCUUAUUCAAUUUGAGCUACUUCUCACAACUGCAACAUUUGUGGUAGCCAUUUUCGGGGUGGUUGCAGGAAUCUUCGGCAUGAACUUCCCCAUAGCACUGUUUGACAGUCCCGUGGCUUUUAAAUGGGUCCUCAUUGUUACCGGGAUAACAGGCAUGACCAUAUUUUGUGCUUUUGUAUGGUUUUUCAAGUAUAGAAGGCUCAUGCCAUUGUAGGUGCUUUAAGACCCUCAAUUAAAAUGAUUUAAUUGAAAAGAGGAAGAAUUUUGUUUUCUUCCUUUAUUCUUUUCCUUUUUUACUUUAUAUAUAUUCAAUGAGAAAAUAGGAAAUAAAAGCUAGUCCUCUUUAGCUACCA